UACAAAUUCUACGAUCGACCAAUAACUUAUCCUUGAAUAAAACAUUCGAUUACGUUGUUUAAGAAGCACAUUUUUUGUUCUCAAAAAUGAAUUGCACAUAAGUCAAAUUAAUUUUGUUUUUGCUAGAGUUGCUGAAGAGUGAUUGUUUUAACUAAAUAAAGUAAUGAUUGUUGCUCAAAAUAAAUGACAAUGAAAAUAAAAGAAGAUUUAGUUCUCUGGAUGUGUUGGUGUAUAUUUAACAUUUGUUCAGCAGAAUUAUCGAAUAUGUCAUGGCCUUCAUCAGAGAAAAACAUUAGUAGCAUGACUUUGAUAGGAAAUGGACAGAAGUUGAUAGCAUGUGGAUUAAACCAUUUGUAUAGUUUAAAUACAACAAACUUGCAGCUUAUAAAUGAUGUUGUAAUUGGUCCAGUGGACGGCAUUGAUAACAAUGUGAGACUUGUCAUAUACAACAAAACAGAACCUAACAAUGACGCUUAUAUAACAACAUGUGAUACCUUGAAUUUAUAUUGUGAAAUCAGACGAUUAAGUGACAUUUCAGAUGUCGUAGGGCGACUAGAGCCACCUAUCGCGUCAGAGGGAGUACAAGCUUUAAUGACAUCGUAUGAGAAGCCAAAUUGGCGAAAUCGAUGGGACACUUUCCUAUUUGUUGCCUGUCCGCAUGCCAAAGUCCAAGAAAACAGAUGUGUAAGUCCAGGAAUUAAUUGGUUCUUAAAUAGCGGCUUCCCAAGGCCAAGGACAUUAUAUCAAUUCAAAUCUAUUACUGAAACGAACAUUACAACCGAAAAAUACGUUGAUGCUUUCGUAGUUGAUCAAUAUCGGUUAUUUUUCAGUUUGCAAAAACAUAAAACUUCACAAGAGAGAAUAAGUAGAGUAGCCCAUGUGUGUCAGUACUUUACCAAAGGAUUCCAUGAAAACCUGUAUACUACACCAAGGACGUAUGCUGAUAUGCCAAUAGAAUGUGGACAUUUAAAGGAAAUACGCGCAGUAAAGAAAAUUGUGUUUGACACGGAGACAGUUUUUGUUGCUGUCUUUGAUGGUUCAGUGAAAUCGUCUGUUUGUGUUUACACGAUGAGUGAAACAAAGCGAAAGUUUGUUGAAAACAUCAAAGACUGUUAUAGUGGUAAACGUGUUCCUGAAGAAGAAGAUUACAUCAAAUUUACAGAGGAUUCCGUCCAUGUGAAAAUGCUGCCAGAGAAAAUUUGAAUUAUAAAACGGAUGAAUACUUUUUGUGCAAUACAGACACACUAGGAACUUAUCACAGUGUGAUUGGCACCCAUGUUUUGUCUAAACAGCCGGCUGUGACGUAUACUAAACAAUUGACAGCUCUGACAUUGUCUGUAGUGGAUACAAAGAUCAUUGCAUUCCUUGGUACUGAAUCUGGUGACAUUUUAAAGGCUGUUGUUUACCCCAGCGAUUCCGCUUAUUAUGUACAGCAAUUUAGGACACCCAACAUUGGAAGUAGGGUCAAAAAGGACAUGUUCACAUCAUCCGAUGAAAAACACAUCUUCGCUCUGAGUAAAACAAAGGUUUUCAAGAUUCCCGUGCAGUCAUGUUCUGAGUUUGUGACCUGCGGUUGGUGUUUAUUUACUAAAGAUCCAUAUUGUGGCUGGUGUUUCUUAGAAGAAAGAUGUAGUACAAGAGAUGCUUGCCCAGCAAAUAAGGAGUGGAUAUCAGCUUCAAGUGGUGAACAAUGUCCACAUGUUGAAGAUAUUACUCCAACAGCAAUGUCUGUUUGGGAAAUAGAAACGCUCAAUAUAACAGUUUCAAACGUAUUGCAAGGCGUCAAGGUGUCGUGUUUGUUCCAUAGUAACGAGAUCGAGGGUGACUUUAAUCACACUGAAAAAGCUGAGGUAUCCAGCGAUGGCCUAUCGGUAAAAUGUAGGCCAACAAAUAUAUCUGCUAUAGAAAACAAAAUUAAAGGUUCUCUUGAAAUGAAGAUUGCAAUAUUGGCAAAUAGUUCAACUACAACUAUAGAAGGAAAAUUUACGAUAUAUAGAUGUGAAACCUUUGUAAGAUGCCUUGAUUGCACAGCAAAGAAUUGGAAAUGUAAAUGGUGCCCUUUUUCGAACCAAUGUACAAAUCGGACCUGUGAUAAUAAAAGCAUCAACACUACAGAAGACUGUCCACGCACCAUUAAUUACACUGUUGUUGCAAAUGGUCAGGAUGUCGUCCAUGAUUCGGAUGGUUCCGUGUAUUUCUCUAGUGGCAGAAGCUAUACUAUAAACAUAACGGGAACCAAUUUGUUAGAACCUAAAACAACACUAAACUCAUUGAAGUAUAGUUGCAAGAUAGUUGUAUCAGGAACACAUGACGUUUGGUUUAACAGGACUUACUUUAAUCAUGGAAGUCUGGUGUGUUUUUUAGGAAAGGAGGGCUUGUCUAAAAUAACAUCACAAAAAGAUAAACUCGUUGCUACAGUCCAGCUUAUGUGGGGAGGAUCUCCAGUCUACGGGGUUGCAGAGCAAGGAUUUUCAGUUAUCAUUUACACAUGUGAUGGACUUACGAAACCCGCUUAUAACUGUGGACAUUGCAAAAGUUUUGCAUUGUAUCAACCUCAUUUUAACUGUCAAUGGUGCGGCAAAGCGUGUGUUGACAGCAAUGAAAUAUGUAACAACACAGCUUGUGACGAUCCUAUCAUUACUAAGGUAUAUCCACUCAGCGCCCACAUGAAUGCAACGACAUUGAUAGAAAUAACCGGUGUGAAUCUUGGGUCUUCCUUCAAUGAUACUAUCGAUUCCGUGACAGUUGCUGGAAAAGCCUGUGACUCUAUAGAAAGUGGCUACAUUCCUGGCAUAAAGUGAGAUGAUC